CCCUGCCCUACCAUCUACCUAGCUGCCCUGCCCGCCCUAUACAAACACACACACAUAGACCAACACACACACACACUAGAUCGACAUAUACCGGUAGGUAUACCACCACCACCACCCCACCCUCCCGUCCGUGCCUUCAGUGAGUCAGCCAUCGCCCAUGGCAGCCCCCGUGACACUGAACCUCUCCCUCUCGUCCUCGCCGCCACCGGACCCCUCGGCCUGGGGCGACAUGCCGGCUUGGGCCCCGGUAUUGGCGCCACCACCACCGCUAUGGAGAGGUGGGUAGAAGGAGAGUGCGGGGACGGAUGUGAGAGGGAGGGGGUUGGGUGAGGGGCUCAGCCGCACCGCAUCACCACAGAUGUUCAGCACGGCGUACGCCUGGUGCUUCUCCUCCUGAAUCAAUGGAUGGAUGGAAGCAGACAGACAGGCAGGCAGAAUGAGUCGAACAGAUCCAUCACGGUGUCUGUGUGUGCGAGUGUGUUCGGUCUUAUUGGACGAGUGUGAGUGUGAUAGGCCUACCGUGAGGAAGAGGUUGUUGAUGCGGUAGCCCAGGAGGGCAUUGCCGCCAAUUGCCAGCACGUGACUCUGACACACACCCCACACCACCAGGUACUUACGCAUUCGGUGCAACGAAGAACGAGUGUGCCUGGUCGGUCGGUCGGUUGGCUGGCUCGCUGACCCGCGCCAUGCAGAGGGCGUCUGUGACGAAUUCGUGGUAGAAGACCUCAAAGUGCUUCAGGGCCGUGGUCUCCUUUAUCACGUGCAGAGCUACCAAACCAAUGUACCUGCACACAUGCACAUGCACACGUGUAUUUCCGGGUGUGUGUCUGUGUGUGUGUGUGUGUUACUUUUCCACUUGGCAGCCGGGGAGUGAACUCAAUGGCGAUACCUGCAGGACAUGCCAUGCCAUGCGCACACAGAUGCACAUCCAUUCGUCCAUCCAUCCAUCCACCAUCCCAUGGACACACCCACUGCACUGCUCUCCUUCCCUUCCCGGACUCACUCACCAGGACGAUUUGUUCCAGCGGGUCCCCGAUGCCCUCCCCCUUGUCCACAUACCCAUACACCUCCCUCUCCUUACCGCCUACACCAACACCAACACCAGCCGGGGUGGUCUCCACACCAGGAGCACCAGGCUUUUUCCCCACAGGCACCCGUCUAUCGCCGUCGUCACGCUGCUGCUGUGUCCAUGGCACAUCGACGGUUGGCGGGUGGCAGGGCGAUGCCGGCUCAGAGUGGAAGGUGAAGAGUCCCUCCUGCAGCUGGGGCGCGGCCAGAGAUGCCCCCCUGCCGGCUGCGGCCCCUUUCUUGUCACCCUGCAUCUUCCUGCUCGCCACAAGGGGUGGGGGCGGCUGCCUCCGACCGUCCAGCAUAGGCGAGCCCUUUGGGUGGCCCUUCAUCGGACUCCCUCUCUCCCUCUCCCUCUCCCUGUCUCGGUCUCUGUUGACAGCUCUCGCGCGAUCCACAAGUGUCGCCGGCGAUGCGGCAGUGGUUUUGCCACCACUCCAGGACAGAUUCAGCCCCAGUUUGCUGAGGGCGAAGGCGCGUAAGUGCCUGUCCGUCUGCUUGGAUGGAGGAGGGGGUGAGGGGAAUGGGGAGGGGGAGGGGUGCAGGUCGGUUGCCGAUGGCUUGCUGGGCCGGCCUGGUGUGGAUCUGAUGACGAGCGAGCCUCCCUCUGGCUGAGAUGAGGUGGUGCGUGAGGGGGAGGGGAGUAGGAGGGAGAUGGAUGGGGGCAGGAGGUAGUGCUCGUCCUCGAUAAAGCCGUGGUGGGCGAGGGCCGCCUCACCGCCAGCAGGGCUGCUGUCUUCAGGACUGCUCUCACCUGCCGACCACACACACACACACACACACACAGACAGACUCUGCUCUCUCUGCUGUGCGACAUUGGCUGUGGGUGCGUCCGUCCGUGGUUUGUGGCUGCACUGCACUGCAUACCUACCUCCCGAGUAGGCGGCUGACAUGUAGCCAUAGACGAGUCCCUCAUUGACGGGGUCCAGCCCACGAGAGAAGACAGGCGGGCCGGGGGGGCCGUUGGUCUGGUCUGCAUGGUUGUUGUGCUGGUGGUGGCCGACGUCCACCGACCACCCAGACUCGAUGCUGUUGUCACGACGGCCGGGGGCGGUGAUGGGAGCCAGGUCACCCGCCCAGCUGCUGUGGGGGAAACUGGGGCCCUCCUGACACACAGGGGAGAGAGGGGUGUGUGGGAUGUGUGUCGUUGUGUCUUUGUGUUGCGUCGCUUCUGCUGACUCUCGGUCCCAUCUGAAGGGCGUGCCCGGUGAGGACCAGCUCGAGUGUGUCUUCCUUCAACACAGAGAUGCGCCACUGACAUACAGACAGACACGAAACGACAAAAUGAACAUACGGCAAAUGGAUGGGUGGAUGGAUGGAUAGACAUCCAUACCUGCAGGGCGGCGAUGCAGCAGGGGAAGACGCCCCUGAGGAACUGCCGGAAGAGCAGCCCCGCGAACAUCUCGUUGCACACCUCACCCAGCCGUUUGGUGAUCUUGGACGACGACGCUCGGACGUCCUCCAACAAAUCGAUACGCCUGACAGCACAACACACACACCACACCCACCCUCCAUCCGUGGCACGGCACCGACCACCAAAAGCCCCAUUGAAUGACUGACAGACUGACUGACCCACCGAAUGGCAAACACGAAAGGCGCCGGGAGCAUGACGGGCGCAUCGGCUGUCGCUGCCACCCCCAUGUUGUUGCUGUUGGUGUUGCUGUUGUCAUUUGGCUGGAUUCCUUCCCUCUGCUGCUGCUGCUGUUGUUGCUGCUGCUGUUGUGUGCGUCCGAUGGCUGCCAGCCAUGGGUCCGGGGGAAAUGCGCCGCCGGGGAGACAGUCGACGGUGCAGAGAGCUGAGUCGGAGGGCACCACGGGGUCAUCAAGGGCUGCCACCAAAUCCUGACAAACCAGAGGACAGACAGACAGACAGACAGACAGACAAACAUGCGUUCGUUCAUUAGGCGUGUGGUGGGUUGGGUAAGAUCUGCAGUCACGUCACGUACCUCAUCGGUCUCAUCGUCGACCUCAAACACAAAGGCGUGUUUACCAUCGCCCUCAUCGCGCCUCACACCCACCCCACCGCCGCCAGCAGCCCCCCCACCGCCCACCCGGGCGUACACAUAGCUGUUGGGCGGCCGCGCACUCACAGUCUGCUCGCACUCCCCCACAUUGCCGUCAAACGACAUGGUCGACACCAACGGGUCACCGGCAGCAACAGCAGCAGCUUGCUGUUGCUGCUGCUGCUGCUGGUCGAGGGAUGCGAGUACCUUGGCCAUCAGACCGCCCUCCAUGCCGGGAGACGGGAUGGGAGAGGCUCGUGCGGGCAGGAGGGGGUCGCCGGGAGACGGUAGCACGGCCGCGGGCAAUGGCUCGCCGGGAAGGGCCGCCUGACAUUGAUUUGAUUGAUGCAGACAGACAGACAGACAGACAGACAGGGAUGGUGAAUGGUGAAUGGUGUAGUAUGGCGCGGCAAGGAGGGGGGAAGGGGUUUGUUUACCUGUGGUGUGCCAAGUUGCAGCAGCGGUGCGUAAGGUGAGGUCAUGGCGGCUGAUGGGUUGGCCGUCGCCAGGUUGGGCGAGAAGAACCGACUCAACGCCAGAAGCAUCUCGGCAGAGCUGACACACAGACAGACACCGCACAUACGCCGUAUGUGCAACCAUACAUCCAUCCUUCCCUUUGCACAUAACAUACGCCACGCACCGGCUCGGCUCACCCACCAGUCGAAAGAUGAGGCCAGCAUCGGUACCCCCCCCUUGUGGUGCGCGAUGCCGCGGAGACUCCGCUGGUGCAGCCGAUCGUACACUGUCUUGCGCAACAAGUCAUCCUGACACACACACACACACAGACAAACACGUGUGACACACAUGCUUGCCAAACAUUGCCUUCACUACCACACGGCCAUUGAUGUUGAUGGGAUGGGUGGGUCGUACCUACCUCAGCUUGUGCGGCUCCGCCUCUGAUGAUACGUGACACCCGUGGCGGCGCCUUGAUGACGAGAGCCGACGGGGGCGGCAGCGGCUUGGCGUACACACCCGUGGCUGACGCAACCCCUGAAUCGAUCGGAUCAAUCAAUGGGAUAAGGAGGGAGGGAGAAAGGGAGGGAGGGAAUGACGUCUGUCUGUGUGGGUCGUCGGGUCGGGUGGCUGUGGUGGCCGUGUGCAUGUGUUGUGUGGACCUACCGGCGAUUGCACAGGGUCCGACGGACAGCUCCACUGUGAGGCCGAAUGCACAGUUGACGCCCAGGAUCUGCAGGCAGGCAGGCAGACACAUUCUUGUAAACACAUUACAUUGAGAGAGGCAUGUUGUAUUGUGCAGCGCAGCUGCAUAGCUACCCACGGCCCAUGGAGGCAGGCAGCCAUGUACCGACCUUCAUCUUGUACAUGAGUUGUCUGUGUAGGUCCAGCUCCAGGAAGGGCAGCGCCUGUGAGACCUCCAUGGCGUGCGCCUCUCCUGACAGCUCACGCUUCAUCCGACACACACGCGCCUCAACCAGCUGACCCCUACACACACACACACACACACACACAUAUACAGAGAGAGAGAGAGGCGCAUGUGUUGACGUAGUCGGUGUGUACCUACCUGCCGGCGAUGGGCAGCCCUUCUGGGCACUCUGUCGUGGCCAGCAGCAUCGAAGGCACAGUGCCCUCCUCACACAUCCUACACACACACCACACCACACCACAUACAAAUCAUGUUUGUGGAGCACCCGGCCAGCCGGCCAGCCGGCCAGCGUGCCUACCUGCAGUUGGCCCGUUCGAAGGGGAAGCCCGCCCCCGACGCGCCGACGAUGGCGCCCAGCGUCUCCUCAGGCAGAUGCAGCAAUGCACACGUACGCCCACGGCCUGCACACACAUACACACGAUUGUGACCACCAUGUCUGUGGCCACCCACCACACACCACCCACACCUAUUUACCUGACGACACCCAUCUGUUUGCGAAGGGGGGUGGUGCCGGGGGCGGCAGCGGCAUCGCCCCAUUCGCAGCAUUGGAGACGGCGCCAGUCGUGGCAUUCAUCCCACCGCCACCACUGACGCCACCACCAGCAACAGCAACCUCCUUGCCCACCGUCACCGUCCCCUCGAGUGUGCGCGACUCUUUCCUGUCGAUGAUAACCGACUGACGGGAGGUGGCUGCGGCGGUGACGUUGGGCUGGCUAGUGAUGGCGGCUGGUGGAUGGUGUGUGAGUAGGGUGGCGCGGUGUCUGGGCGUGAGGACGGCAGCGGUGCCCAUGGCUGAGAGUACGAUGACGUCCUCGUGGAUGGACACUCGCUCGGUGUAGCCGAUGAUGGAGUCGCACUUGAGGGCGGCAGCGUGGGCCCGCAUCUGCAUGCGAUGCCAUGCCAUGCCCCGUCGCAUAUAUGGGAUGCAUGGGGUGGGGGCAGGAGAGAGCAGAGGAGAGAGGAAAGGAAGGCGAUUGCUGUGGGUCAGUCAGUCAGUGUGUGUGUGGCUGGGCUGGUGAGAGCUCACCUCGUCUCUCAGCUCCUGCCACCAGUAGUUCCGCUGAUCCUGACCGACACACACACACACACACACACAAGUAUCCUGGCAAAUCGACACGCACAUCCAUCCACCCCAUAGAUACGCACCAACCUGUGUGAGUUUGUUCUGCAGGAGUUUGACGCUCCUGGCAGCGACGAUGCCGGCGAAGUGCAUUGACAGCUCAGUGGGCAGCCGGUGCAGCGUGAUGAGCUCAAUGGUCUUGGGCGUGUAGACCGAUCGGCCGAUCAACGGCGGCAGAGACGUCGACCUCAGAGGCAGAUCUGGCACGUAGAAUGACGGGGCCUGGUGACCGUACGGACCUAGUGAAGUGAGGGAAAUAAAAGGGGGAAAGAUGAUGACAUGACCAGAGACAGAGGUGUUUGUUUGGAUGGAUGGUGGGCAGGGCACACCUGACUGACCUGCAGCGACGGGUGAGGCUGGGUAGAAUGACGGUGUGUUGUAUCCUCCAGGGACGGCCGGCAGCCCUGUGGUGGCCACAGACGGACGAGACGCACCACCUGUUCACACGCAGACAUAGACACACAACACAUGACAGACAGACGCAUAGCAUCCAUGCGAUGUGAUGCGAUGCGAGUGUGUGCAUGUGAAUUGCAAUGCACCCACCUUACCUACCUUGCUGUUUUGGCGAUGGUGUGGCGACGGCAGGCUUCUUCUCGCCCCCUACGGCUGGCACAGGUGCCUCAAGUGUCUGUGCCGGCUCGGCCUCCCUCUCCCUCUGGACAACCCGCCCGCCGCCCUCCUCAACCAUCUCCAUCGUCAGCGACGGACCUACACACAACACAACACAACACAGUCCAUGCCGUGUAGAUGUGUGUCCGGCCUGGCUUGGUGCUGUCUGUCGCCUCCCUGCCACCCUGCCACCCUGCCACCCUAGCUAGCUACCUACCAUUCAGCUGCACCCCCUGUUUGUCGCUUUUGUUGUCUCUGUCUUCCUCGUUGAUAUCGGUGUCGGUUUCCUCCUCUGUCAGAUUGAUGGUGUCGGCCUCCUGCAGUGGCCGGCCAGCGCCGGGGUGGUCGCCCUCAUCCGAUGCCGACGACUGCCCGGCCGCUCGCCGCACCGGGGGAACGGGCAUCGCCUGCCGGGGGUCCUCGUCGAGAUUGCCGCUGCCCGUCGAAUCUGAUGGAUGGAUGGAUGGAUGACGUCACACACAUCACAUCACUGCGUGCAUUGCUGUGUGUGUGCGUGCCGUGGCGUACCAGCGCUGAGUUUCCGUCUUGGUAGAAGGAAUGCCUGCAGGUUGCCGCUGGUCAGGUGGCUGGCAGGGGGGCCUAGCCGCACGGCCGUUCCGAAGUUGCGGAUGCAUAUCCUGCACACAACACAUGACAUCACAUGCCCCGCCCCCAACCACACACACACACACACACAAACAAACCGGCAAAUCCAACGAACACACACGACGUGACAGGAGAUGAGGUGUGUCGAGUGCACUGCACAUACAUACCUGUCAGUGACAUCGCCCUCAAGGUCGACGCAUUCGGUGUAGCCCAGGACGGCGUUGGCUCCCAUUUGCUGGGCCUUCUUGCCCAACUGACGCCGUGUCUGCAUCGCCGACGUCUGCAGCACACUCCGACGGGCCUCGUUGGAAAACCUGACACCACACGACACAGACAGACAUCGACACAGUAUAUACGUAUCGUAUCCUCGACGUGUGUGUAUCUAUACCUGCUGGAUCUGAUGAGGUCCUUCCAGUCAUAUUCGGGGUCAGCCACCACACUCAGCUCAUCCUACACACACAUAACAAACAUCCACACAUAUGCACACGUGUUCACACACAGGCUUUGCCCUGCACAUGGCCUGCCUGUCUGGAUGCCUGUCUGUCUGUCUGUCUGUCUGUCAAUGAAUGACUCGGACUGACCACGAAUCCGAGAAUCUGUUCGACUCUGUGGAUGUGCUGCUGCGGUGGUGCGGAUAUGGAGAAGAACUGCACACCCACCGACGACUCGCGGAAGGGAUUCAACUCCUCUACAAACUCCAACUUGACCACCAAAAAUAUCUGACCUGGUGGAGUGCAUUGCAACCACAGAGGAACCAACAAACCAUAUCGACUCCACAGAGAUGCGAUCACAUAGAGUGUGGCCGGGCCGGGCCGCCUGCCCUGCCUGCCUGAUCUAUUCAUUGGCUGACCCUGCAUGCCCCUGAGGGUGUCGUAAAUCGGAAGCCACCCCUCGUAUCGGUUCUCGUUGUGGAUCAGCAGGGGGGUGAGGUCGACGUCCAAGUCGCCUAUCACCUGACCCUCAGCCUCGCUCACCUAAGCACACACACACACACGGACCCAAGUGGGUGCAUUUGCAGGUGUGCCUGCCUGGCGGCCUGUACAGUACUGACCUCGAGUUUAAGAGGCGAGUCCUGUAGCUCAGAGUCGUCUGCCACCUCGAUGCGGAAGGGCUGAUCCCACACAGGGUCAGUGCGACGACGAACUGACCGAUGAAUGAACACACGGGUAGACGAAUGGUGCAUGGUGGGACGUGGGUGAGCCUGUCCAUCUGCCAAUCCCACUUACCUGUCGUGGUGCGCUGACGGAAGAACUCUCCAAAGGAGACCUGUCCCCCCAGACCAGAUGGACACGCAAUCAGCACACACACACACUAGUGAAUGCAUUGAUUUCGUGGGCACGCACCGUGUGACACUGUCCUUCCUUGACCGAUUGUCUGUCUGUCAUGGUUGUGUGGCGUGUGUCCUUACAUCUACAUAGCUAUCGACGGAGGUGUCGGUCUUGUCCCGGACAGGCAGGCCGCGGGCGGCUACCACACGCACCUUGAUGGUGCACGGCAUCCCAUCCACUCACUCAGCACAGCCAAUCACUCAGUGGACAAAGUUCCUCACACCUGGACAGACAGAUCUCACGCGUACAUUACAUGACCGGAUGCAUCAACUCAUCAAAAGAGAGAUGCAUUCCAUGCCCUAGCUAGGAGUCCGCUGCUGUUG